AUGGAGGCUUCACCUUUACCUACGGUUCUUGUUCCUGAGAACCCUCAACCGUCGAACCUUCAAGGGAAUAUCGAGGCUGAUGAUCGCAAUUCAAGUGACUCGGAUUCUGCAUUUCAUGGCUCUAUUGGAGAUGAAAGCUAUACGUCGUCUAUUUCGACAAGCGUGAGAAAUUACAAAUAUGAGAAUGGUCGAAGAUAUCAUGCCUUCAGAGAAGGGCAACAUGUCUUGCCAAACGACGAAAAUGAACAAGCUCGAAUGGAUCUCGCUCAUCAUAUUUAUCUAAUGCUCACCGGCGGUAAACUGUAUCUUUCUCCAAUACAUGAUCCGCAACGGGUGCUUGAUCUCGGUACUGGAACUGGAAUUUGGGCAAUUGAUUUUGCAGAUGAACAUCCGAAUGCUUCUGUCCUAGGCAAUGACCUCAGUCCUAUACAACCCUCAUGGGUCCCACCAAACCUCUGCUUCGAAGUAGACGACUACGAAAGCGAAUGGGCCUACUCUACCAAAUUCGACUUCAUCCACGGCCGCGAAAUGGAAGGCAUGGUCCAAGACUUUGACCGCCUCUUUACGCAAUGCUACAAAAACCUCAAACCUGGUGGAUGGGCGGAAUUCCAAACUAUCGAAUUGAAUUGUUUCUGUGAUGAUGACUCGCGACAAAAGGCUGCUGCGUGGGUGAGGUGGUCUGAGAAUUUACAUCGAGCUGCGCGCACAUUUGGGAAGAAUAUGAGGACUGUUAGGACGUGGUCGGAUAAGAUGAGAAAUGCUGGAUUUCAGAAUGUGCAGGGUGUUGUGUUUCCGCUACCGUUCAACACAUGGCCAAAAGACCCGAAGCUCAAAGAACUAGGCCGUUAUCAACAACUCCACAUGUUUGAGGGCGUGACGUCGUACAGUCUACGUCUGUAUACAAAUGUUCUGAAAUGGCCCAAGGAAGAAGUAGAGGCGUUGUUGGGAGAAGUGCGAAAGAUACUCAAGGAUCGAUCAUGCCAUAUUUAUACAUUGGUGCAUUUUGUUUAUGGACAAAAACCUAGUGAACAGGAAGACUGACUAGAUUUUUUCGAGCAUUACUUUCUGAUGGGUGUCAUCAGAAGAGAUUGUUAGGAUGUCUAGAUCGGGUUAUUAGGGCUAUGUGAAAUAUGGUACUGAUAAUACCGUAUUUUAUGUUAAUUUUGUUAAUGGUUAUAGGAGCUACUAACUUCAUUAAGCUAGCACGGUAAUACAUGUAUAUAUCGU